CUUCACACUCGUACCAGUGAGAGGGAUCCUCUUGUGGUGUUUUGGUCCAGUCGAGCCCACUCACAAAAAUGACAGCAAGGAAGUCUGGCUCGCGACUGGAAACCGAGAUAGAGCGGUGCCGUUCAGAGAGUCAAUGGGACAAGAUACCGGAGUUAGUACGACAGCUCUCCGCCAAACUAAUAUCAAACGAUGACCUAGGGGAGCUGUUGCUGGGGGAAUGCAAGCUUCAGACAUAUCUGAAGGAGAACCCCAUCAAACAGGGCGCCAGUCCCAGGGGCCCACGACCUAAACUAGUGGAGGUCAGGAAACACCUCACUGCUGCUCUGGACAGAGGAAACCUCAAGGCUGAUUACCUCCAGGAAGCCAGCCUGCUGAUGGCCAAACUGUGCUAUGUGGAGGGAGAAUACAGAGACGCUUUAGGUCACUACAGCAGGGUGAGCCUGGAAGACAUGCAGCUGGGGGGAGCUCCUGUGUACAGGCUGUCAAUGAUAGCAGAGGCGUACGCUACUAAAGGACUGUGCCUGGAGAAGGUCCCAGCUGCCUCUCCGGCUCUAUCCAAUAAGAACACUGGGUCUCCAUCGUCCAAUAGGAGCAUAACAGAUCGGGAACAGGAAAUCAUCACCUGCUAUGAAAAAUCUGGAGACAUUGCUCUGCUCUACCUGCAGGAGGCUGAGAAGGCGUUGUCAGCGGGAAUUCAGAACCGCAGCCCAAAGCCCGGCCCGACUGCCCAGGACCUGGAACUGGGCUACUUCCUGGAGACAGGCCUGCAGAGAGCCCACGUCAUCCACUUUAAGAACGGCAACCUGACACGAGGCGUGGGCCGGUUUCGGGAGAUUCUUCGGGCUGUUGAGAACAGAACCACCCAGAGCCUGCGUAUGACCAUAGCCAGGCAGCUUGCAGAGAUCUUGCUCAGAGGAAUGUGCGAACAGAGUUACUGGUCUCCUCUGGAAGACCCGCCCACCGUGUCGCCAUUGGACGAUCCCACACGGCAGGGACACACUCUCAGCAAGAACUACAGCCUCAGCCGACGCCCACGAGUGUACUCGGGAGAGAAUCUGUUUUGCCCUCAGGAGAACACAGAAGAAGCUUUGCUGCUGCUGCUCAUCAGUGAGUCCAUGGCUAACCGGGACGCUGUCCUGAGCAGAAUUCCAGAACACAACAAUGAUCGUAUCAUCAGCCUGCAGUCUGCCUCUGUGGUGUACGACCUGCUGACUAUAGCUCUGGGCAGGAGAGGGCAGUAUGAGAUGUUGUCAGAGUGUUUGGAGAGAGCCAUGAAGUUUGCCUUUGAGGAGUUCCACUUGUGGUACCAGCUCGCCCUGUCGCUAAUGGCAGCCGGUAAAUCAGCUCGUGCUGUUAAGGUCCUUAAGGAGUGCAUUCGUCUGAAGCCUGACGACCCCACCAUCCCACUGCUGGCUGUCAAGCUGUGUAUCGGACCCCUGCACUGGUUGGAUGAGGGGGAGUGCUUUGCAAACAUGGUGAUUGACAUGGGGGAGAAAGCAGCUGAGUUCAGAGCCAAAGGCUUCCUGGCCAUCGGGCUGGUUUACAGCCUCAAAGCCACUGAUGCAUCACUGAGAAGCACACAGGAGGAGUACCAGAGGAAAGCUUUGGGAGCCUUCCAGAGAGCGCAGAGUCUGUCUCCUACUGACCAUCUCGCAGCCUUCUACUUGGCACUGCAGCUCGCUGUGUCCCGACAGAUCCCAGAAGCACUAGGCUAUGUACGACAGGCGCUGCAGCUUCAAGGGGAUGACGUCCACUCCCUUCAUCUGCUGGCCCUGCUGCUCUCUGCUCAGAAACACUACCACGACGCUCUCAAUAUUAUCGAGAUGGCUCUGUCCGAGUACCCUGAGAACUUCAAUCUGCUGUAUACCAAGGUGAAGUUGGAGUCGAUGUGUAGAGGGCCGGAGGAGGCGCUGCUCUCCUGUAAACACAUGCUGCAGAUCUGGAAGAGCUUUUACAACCUUACCAAUCCCAGUGACUCCGGGCGUGGCAGCAGUCUGCUGGACAGAGCCAUAGCAGACAGACGACAGCUCAACGCCAUGACUCUGCCUGACUUCAGUGACCCAGAGACAGUCUCAGGUUCUUCCUCUUCCUACUCUGGUUCUGAACCGGUCUCCCCCACUUCCCCUUCCACCAUUUCCACACUCUCCUCCCCACUGUCCUCCCCAUCUUCCCCUUUAUUCAUCCUCCAGCCUCCUCCUCUCCCUCCAACCAAAAACCCAACCUUCCUCCCUCCUGGCCCUCCUCAUCCUCCUCUUCCUCAUCCUGCGCCCACCAGGACCAGGUCUCACACCUUUUGCAACCACAUCACUCUCCGCCAGCUGUCCAAUUGCGGCCUUCAGGACGCUAACAUUCUUGGUUUUUCCUCCAUGUUUUCUGUUUGCUCGGUUCAUGCUACAUCUAUAGCAGCCAGUCGUGUAGAGCAGGCUCUGUCUGAGGUCGCCUCCUCUCUGCAGAGCAGCGCCCCCAAACACGGACCCCUGCAUCCCUGGAUGACCCUGGCUCAGAUCUGGCUGCAUGCAGCUGAGGUGUACACCGGCAUGUCGAAGCCCGCCGAGGCGUCGGCCUGCACGCAGGAAGCCUCCAACCUCUUCCCCACAUCCCAUAAUGUGCUGUACAUGAGGGGGCAGAUCGCUGAGCUGAGAGGCAACAUAGAGGAGGCCAAACGCUGGUAUGAAGAGGCACUGUCCAUCAACCCGACGCAUGUCAAGACCAUGCAGAGACUGGGUCUGAUUCUUCACCAGCUGCAGCGCUACAGUCUGUCGGAAAAAGUCCUGAGGGACGCUGUGCAGGUUAACAGUACGGCUCAUGACGUGUGGAACAGCCUGGGCGAGGUGUUGCAGGCUCAGGGAAAUGCUGCCGCUGCCACCGAGUGUUUCCUCACCGCCUUGGAGCUGGAGGCCAGCAGCCCCAUUCUGCCCUUCACCAUCAUCCCCCGAGCACUAUGAGACACACACCUUCACAGUUCCAGCCUCAGUACUGUAACACAAAGGCACAAAUGAUGGACCUGCAAGCUGCACACACACACACAGCAUGUUUGCAUGCCACUCACACACACCUGCAUAAGGUUUUACCUCUGUACCCUGACUGUAAAUACACACACACACACACUGUAUACAAAUGGUACAUAUAAAUAUACAUAUAUGCUACCCGUUGUCCACCCAUCCUUCCCACAAUGCCUUGCUGUGGCUGUGACCCCUGACUGUGUGUGUGUGUGUGUGUGUGUGUGUGUGUGUGUGUGUGUGUGUGUGUGUGUGUGUGUGUGUGUGUGUGUGUGUGUGUGUGUGUGUGUGUGUGUGUGUGUGUGUGUGUGGGCAUACAUUGCUUGUGUGUGUGUAUGCGUCAAUCUGCACUUUUUGUGUGUCUGUGCAUGUCUGUAAUGUGUGCAAACAUGUUGCAUAUUAGUGUCUAGCUGUAUGUGAUUUGUAGAAUAGUGUGUGUGUGUGUGCGUAGUCCUGUUCAAAGACGUAAAUAAAAUCCGAUCUGAGUUCCUACUCCGCUAGCAUUCAGAAGCCGAAGAGUUUACAUUUUGUUUACAUGUUAUUUGGUCUGUUAAUGUUUUUUUUUUCUUAUAAGCCAAAUGUUACUGAAAAUCAACACACACACACACACACACACACACACACACACACACACACGUCCCUUGCUGUUCAUACGGAGAGGUUCAUGGUUACUGUAUGGCUGACUCGGAGCAACAAUCAGUAAAGUCUAAAUGCUAAAACACAGGCUGCUUUUACACACGAGGUGAUCAGAUUUGAAACUGCUGAUGUCCAAAAGGACGGCUGUCACUUCUUUUUAUUCUACAUGUUUAAGCACAUUUUACGUUGUGUACAGUAGGGCUGCGACUGAGGAUUCAUUUCAUUAUUGAUUAAUCUGCCCAUCAUUUUCUAGAUUAAUCAAUUAACUGUUGGUCUAUAAAAUGUCAAAGAAUAGUGAGAAAUGUCCAUCACAG